AUGAACGCAUCAGGCUUUCCCAGGCUUGUGGACCUUGCAAACCAGAACUUUCUACAGGAUGAAGCCUUGGCCCUCAGGAUUCUGGAGUUGCUGCCCCCUCAGUGCUUCCCACCUCUGUUGAAGGUAACUGUCCAGAGAAGACACUGGGGUACACUGAAGGUAAUGGUGCAGGCCUGGCCAUUUCCCUGUCUCCCUCUGGGGGAUCUGAUGCAGGUUCACCAGCAUCAUCAGGAGGACAUCGUUACUGCUGUACUGGACGGGCUGGACUCGCUCCGUGCCCGGCAGAUCCCACCCAGGACAUGGAAACUGAAAGUGCUCGAUUUCCGCCCCAGUGCUUCAGCAGACUCCAGGAGUGCAUGCUGUGGGACCCAGGCCAGCUGUUCUGAACUCCUGCUAGCAGAGCCAGAGAUGGCCCAUCCUUGGCCCAGCAGGGGAGAAACAACUUCUUUGGAGACAAGAGAGAAGCAGCUUUGGGACCCUAUGAAGGUGCUCAUAGACCUUUGCUUUAAAGAGGUCACCCUGGACACAUUCCUCACCUUCCUGAUCGAGCAAAUCAAGCAGAGGGAUGAGUUCAUACACCUUUGCUGUAUGAAGGUGGAAUUUCAUGAAAAGUCAAUCCCUAUUGAAACAAUUGAGGAAAUCCUGAAUUCGAUGCAACUGUAUUCUGUCCAGGAGGUAAGAGUGGAUUGUAAGUGGCAGUUCUUCCAUCUGGCUUGGUUCAGUCGCUACUUGGCUCACAUGGUUAAUCUGAGCAGGCUUCACCUGUCUAGCGUGCUCCUAAGUACCUGGAACCUAGAGAGAGGAAUGAAGGUGGUUUUCGACUAUGCCUCUCAACUCUACAAGUUCAAUCAACUCCAGCAUCUCCACCUGGACUCUAUCCACUUCCUCUACAGAUAUCUGGGCCAGUUGCUCAGUGGCGUGAAAGUUCCCUUAGAGACCCUCUGCAUAACUAAUUGCUAUCUUUCUGAGGACAAUUUGACCCUCCUGACCUUGUACCCAAGCACCAGUCAGCUAAGGUUUCUGGAUUUCAGUAACGUCAAUCUGACCUGCAUAACACCUGACAUCCUACAAGUUCUGGUAGAUAGAGUUUCCAGCACCCUCCAGCACCUGGACUUAGGUGGGUGUGGGGUCACUGCCUUCCAGCUCGAGGCCAUCCUGCCUUCUCUGAGCAACUGCUCCCAGCUGGUGUACUUCAGGCUCUUUGCAUGUCCAGUCUCCAAAUAUGUCUUGGAGAGCCUGCUUGAGCAUAUUCUCAUUUGGUGCAACAAAGCCCACUCGUGGGUCAACUAG